GACUCGGCUCGUAUUAAAUGGUUGCACCAACGAGUAGAUAAUUGUUAAUUAAUUUGUAUUGUAUAAAUAGUUAUAUUCUAAAUUAAGUGCAGUCAGAGGCUCUCGUGGCCCUUGUGAAAAUAAUGAUUUUGCUCGAGAUAAACAAUAGGAUAAUCGAAGAAACAUUGAACAACAAAAUAAAAAAUGCCCUGGCUGGUGGUAAACUCGAAUCAACGGAUGUUAUGGUAGCAGAUUUCGAUGGAGUUUUAUUUCAUAUUUCCAAUUUAAGUGGAGAUAAGUCAAAAAUCAGAAUAAGCGCGCUACUCAAAUUUUACAAGCAACUGCAAGAACAUGGCGCGGAUGAUUUACUCAAGCGAGAAUAUGGUGCUUAUUUGGUAGAGCCAGAAACAGGAUAUAGCGUUACAGUGAUGAUUGAUCUAGAGAAUAUACCGGAAGACUGGGAGGUAUUAGUUAAAAAAAUUGGAUUACUCAAAAGGCACUGUUUUGCCAGUGUAUUUGAAAAGUAUUUUGAUUUUCAAGAAAAACUUAGCCAGUCUACAGAAGAUUGUAGUAAGCUUCAGAAAAAAGCCAUUAUACAGUACAGAGACCAAGAAAUCAUAUACGUCGAGGCAAAAAGUGAUAGAGUGACAGUUGUAUUUAGUACAAUAUUUAAAGAUGUGGAUGAUAUGGUGAUUGGUAAGAUGUUUUUACAAGAAUUGAAGGAAGGAAGAAGAGCGAGUCACACAGCACCACAGGUUCUUUUUAGUCAUCGUGAACCGCCUUUAGAAUUGCAGGACACUGGCACAAUAGUAAAUGACUGCAUCGGAUACAUAACCUUUGUAUUAUUUCCACGGCAUACGAAUCCAGAUGCACGCAACAAUACAAUCGAUUUAAUACACAUGUUUAGACAUUACCUACAUUACCACAUAAAGUGUAGUAAAGUUUAUAUUCAUUCGCGAAUGCGCACCAAAACGUCUGAUUUCCUGAAAGUAUUAAAUCGAGCUCGUUCCCAACCUAAAAUUACAGAGAAAAAAACGAUUACGGGUCGAACAUUCAUUCGAAAAGAAUGAACACGACGAGUCGAUCGACAAGAAUGUUAAUAUCUACUAAAAUGAAGUUUAAACACCAAGAUGAAGAAAAUAUUGCCUCGGGUCAUGCGUGCUAGAUAAAUUUCUGGCCAAAACUGUACUUCAAAUGAAAGUUGCUAUUGGCCCUAUAGGUUUAAGAAUUUCAAGAUCCUGUUGCCUCCGCUUAGUCGGAUCCAAAAAUAUAUAAGUCUUUAGAGCGAUACAGGUUAUACAACAAAAAGUUUUCGAGUCACAUAUGCUAGUUCUUCAAAACUUGAUUCGUCAUGUUUAUCAAUUUGAAUAAAAAUAAAAUCGAGUGGAAGUCGAUUUAUUCGUGAAUACUAUGUGACAAUAGAUUGUUAAAUAGGAUCUUUAAGAAACUAAGUAAAAAUAACACGACGUACAAUCACGAAAUUAAAAAUUCCGUGAGCCCUUGAUUACUGUUGUGAAAUACGCUUUUUAAAUUGUUGUAUUACGUUAUCUUUUCAUUAUUAAUGUUUAUAAUUUAGUUUCUGU